AUGGCGACUCCACUGGCAAUUCCCGACUUUUACAUCCUCCCCUCGUCACGAAAGUACAAAUGCAUUGAUCGGUUCAGCCUUCUUGAUGAUGAUGCUGGUCAGAGCCUUGAAGAUGCCGACGGCCUCGUCCCCUUCUGGCCCCUCCUCCAUUCCAUCCUCUCCCAACCAAUCAACUCCCUCCCAGCCCUAACCUCCCUUCUCGACACCAUCUCGGUGACCCUGCGCGGCACCGCCCAUCCCGCGGGCGACUAUGCGCUCCUUUGCGAGGCCAUCGCCACUCACAGUCACAGAGAACAGGCAUUCUUCCAGCGCGUCUGGCCUCGCCUGGUGCAAACGGCGCUGCAGAUGCCCCUGCUCUUUCCCGAGGGCCGGAUCCCGGUGCUGGGGCGUGGGUCCGCCUCGAGUUCAAGUUCUCUGUCCCUCUCGCGCCGGCAAGCUGCCUGUCUGGUGGUGCACCAGUUCUUGCGCACGCUAGCCACGCCACCGUGGGGUCAAGAUCAGGAUGUGCUGUGCGAUUUUGGUGUGUGGUAUGCGGGAGCGGAGCACCAGCGCCACCCCGGCGCCGCCAGGGCAUAUCUGCGGGCGCUGAUGGGGUAUUUUGCCGAGGUGGUUUGCGACGAGGGCAGGAUCGGGAUGCCGAGGAUGGAAUGGGAGGUUGUCUACACCCUUCGGGCACUCAGUGGGAACAUGAACGAGGAGGAAGACGUGCUCUGUGAAAAGAUAGGGAAGGGAAGCCCGCUUGGAGAGGCCGAGGUGUUGGUCAUGGAAAGGUACGAUACCUCCCCCGCGAGCCUGGGCCUGCCUGGCGGAGCCGCCGUUGUCUCGGCGAAUAGGUUCAUUGGCUUCGGGCAGUCUGCUACGCAAGAGGAGGUGCAUGUGGGAACGUCGCCAGAGGCUUGUCCUGCUGUGCUUGUCACUCCGCCGCUCAAGGAUGAUCAGGUUCUGAUUGUCAGGGGCGCUCAGGCCAUGGUUAAUGUUUCUGGCCGAGGCCGGAAUAUCGUGAUUGAUGAGAUUGGGGUCCCGCCUGGCGGUGAAAACGGCUGGCGGGAGAGAACUAUGCUCUUCAUGGAUGCCCUCGAGCUGGACCUUGUGCAGACUACAGAGCCCGGCCUUUCUGAUUUGAUUCGGGAGAACGUGGACCGCGAGAUUCGAAAAGCGUGCACAGCCUUCUCAGCGGGCGGUUUCGGUGAGGUUCGAACGGGCUUGUGGGGUUGCGGCGCCUUUGCUGGGGAUCCGGGAGUCAAGAUGCUUCUGCUCUGGGUAGCUGCUUCCGUAGCUGGAAUCAGAUUGGUUGCGAUAUGUGAUCAAGGCCUUCGCCUGUUCGCCGAGGAGCUUCAGCUUACUCUGGAGUGGGCAAAGCAAGAGCUCCGAGAUACUAAGGCCCUACGCCAGGUGCUGGACCGAGCCCCGAAAUGUUUGGCUAGGGGACAAAUCUUGACAUGGAUCAGGACGGAAUACAAGAGAGAACAACCAGCCCUGGAAUAG